CUAGCCAUCUAGUAGUAGUUGUAGGGCCAUGAUGAAGCGUGCCCAAUAAAUAGCUACAUUGUAUCCCCACGGGGAAUCAAAUAGACAAGUUACAUUGUAUUCCGGGGAUCGUUAGUGUUCGAAUCGAACAUCAUUCUAAGAUGUUAUGUUUCUUUUAUUUCGCUGGCAGCUAGGCUUUCCACCAACUAGUCAGACGGUGUUUCGUGUUGUGUUGAAUGUAAAGAGGGCAGUGUGCGUCAGCAUUCAAGAUGGACACCGCCGAGGAAGGGGAUAUAUGCCGGGUCUGCCGGUCUGAAGGAACCCCGGACAAGCCACUAUAUCACCCCUGUGUUUGCACAGGAAGUAUAAAAUUCAUCCACCAAGAAUGCUUGGUACAAUGGCUAAAACACAGCAGAAAAGAAUACUGCGAGUUAUGCAAGCACAGAUUUGCUUUUACGCCAAUAUAUUCUCCAGACAUGCCUUCCCGGCUGCCUGUCCAGGACAUAUUUGCGGGGCUGGUGACUAGUGUAGGCACAGCUAUUAGAUACUGGUUUCACUACACACUAGUGGCUUUUGCUUGGCUGGGAGUGGUUCCUCUCACAGCAUGUCGCAUCUACAAGUGUCUGUUUACCGGCUCUGUGAGCUCACUCCUCACCCUGCCAUUAGAUAUGCUUUCUACAGAGAACUUGCUGGCGGACUGCUUGCAGGGUUGUUUCGUGGUGACGUGUACACUCUGCGCCUUCAUCAGUCUGGUGUGGCUGCGGGAGCAGAUUGUUCACGGUGGCGCCCCCCAGUGGCUGGAGCAUAAUCAGCAGCAGCAGCCUCAACCUGCACCAGCUCCACAACCUAAUGAGCAGGCCCCUGGUCCUGGGCAGGGGGUGGGUGAGAACCAGCCUGCUCCUGCCGCAGCUGAGCCCCCGGUGGACAACGGUCCAGCGGCUGAGGUCCCUGACAUCCAGGUGGACCCGGCAGAGGACAUGGAGAAUGAGGAUGAGGAUGAGGCUGGGGCUGAUGAUGUUGCAGAUGCCAACAAUGGAGCACAAGAUGACAUGAAUUGGAAUGCCCUGGAAUGGGACCGGGCAGCAGAGGAGCUAACAUGGGAGAGGAUGCUCGGUCUUGAUGGCUCCUUGGUUUUCCUGGAGCAUGUCUUCUGGGUGGUCUCACUAAACACACUCUUCAUUCUGGUGUUCGCUUUUUGCCCGUAUCAUAUUGGUCAUUUCACAGUUGUGGGACUUGGCUUUGAGGAAAAUGUGCGGGCUUCCCAUUUCGAAGGUCUCAUCACCACCAUCGUGGGCUACAUCCUCCUGGCCAUGAUAUUAAUACUGUGCCAUGGAUUGGCAGCGCUGGUGAGAUUUCAAAGAUCCAGACGCCUUUUAGGAGUGUGCUACAUUGUUGUCAAGGUAUCCCUGCUGGUAGUCGUGGAGAUCGGUGUAUUCCCUCUCAUCUGUGGCUGGUGGCUUGACAUCUGCUCACUGGAGAUGUUUGAUGCCUCUCUGAAGGACAGAGAGCUGAGUUUUGAGUCUGCUCCUGGUACCACCAUGUUCCUCCACUGGCUUGUAGGGAUGGUCUACGUCUUCUACUUUGCCUCGUUCAUCCUCUUACUGCGAGAGGUCCUGAGACCCGGUGUUUUAUGGUUUCUCAGAAACCUGAACGAUCCUGAUUUUAAUCCUGUUCAAGAAAUGAUUCACCUGCCCAUAUACAGACAUCUUAGAAGAUUCAUUUUAUCGGUGGUGGUGUUUGGCUCCAUAGUUUUACUAAUGUUGUGGCUUCCCAUAAGGACGAUCAAACUCAUCCUCCCAGCCUUCCUCCCCUACAAUGUCAUGCUGUACAGUGAUGCUCCAGUCAGUGAGCUGUCUCUGGAGCUGCUGCUGCUGCAGGUGGUUCUGCCUGCGUUGCUGGAACAGGGCCACACACGCCAGUGGCUCAAAGGCCUCGUCAGAGCCUGGACCGUCACCGCCGGAUACCUGCUAGACCUCCACUCGUACCUGUUGGGUGACCAGGAGGAGAAUGACGGUGAUGCGGACCAGCAGGCCAACAACCAGCAGAGGAGGAACAACAACAACGCCAUCCCUGAGGGGCUGCACGCUGCCCACCAGGCUAUCCUACAGCAGGGAGGCCCUGUGGGCAUCCAGCCCUACCACCGGCCCAUGAAGUUCACCUUCAGGAUUGUGCUGCUGAUCGUGUUCAUGUGUGUGACACUGCUGGUGGCCAGUCUGGUGUGCCUCACGUUGCCAGUAUUCACCGGCCGGUACCUGAUGUCCUUCUGGACGGGCAGUACUAAGAUCCAUGAGCUGUACACGGCGGCGUGCGGCCUAUACGUGUGCUGGCUGUCCAUCAGGGUUAUCACCGUGCUGCUGGCCUGGAUGCCCCAGGGCAGGAGGGUCAUUCUGCUCAAGGUCCAGGAGUGGACCCUCAUGGUAAUGCUCUGCAACACGAUCCUGAAGACAGUGGUCAUAGCUGUGUUGCUGGCUGGCGCCAUCCCUCUCCUGCUGGGCCUGCUGUUUGAGAUGGUCAUAGUAGCCCCUCUCAGGGUGCCGCUGGAUCAGACACCACUCUUCUACCCCUGGCAGGACUGGGCUCUCGGAGUUCUCCAUGCCAAAAUCAUCGCCGCCAUUACUCUGAUGGGUCCCCAGUGGUGGCUGAAAACAGUGAUUGAGCAGGUGUAUGCUAACGGAAUUCGGAACAUUGAUCUCCAUUUCAUCAUCCGAAAGCUGGCUGCUCCGGUUAUCUGUGUGCUACUGGUGUCUCUCUGUGUGCCCUAUGUCAUCUCUGCUGGCAUCGUCCCCAUCGUAGCGCAGUAUUCCCCAGGAGUUACCAUGGAGAUGCAGAAUUUGGUGCAGAGGAGAAUCUACCCCUUCCUGCUCAUGGUCGUCAUGCUGCUGGGAAUCCUCUCCUUCCAAAUCCGUCAAUUUAAGCGCCUUUACGAACACAUUAAGAAUGACAAGUACCUGGUUGGACAGAGACUGGUGAACUAUGAACGCAAGGUGGCAGGCAGAAGCACUACAGCCACAUACAGCAGCUCUUCCCAGGAGUAGGAGCUGUUAACACCUUACCUGAGAACAGCCUCUAGCUGUGUGGCCUCUCUCCUCCACCGCCUCACUUUUGAUGUCUCUCCACCCGUCUCUUCACAUUCAUGACUCAAGCGCUCUCCUCUCACCAUGCCUUAUUUCACUCCCUGCUCACAAGCACAGCCUGAGAAAUGAGGAGUGCGUUUUACAAAAAAGAUUAAAGGCAAAAUUACCUUGAAAACCAACCAACUUGGAAUCGAAAAAUAAUGUUUCGUCUUUGUACAUCUUGAAAAAAAUGUAUGUAUUUUGUUAAUUAAAUCUAGAUGUCACUUUAUUCUGUUCCUGUAGGUCUGGAUGGACUACUACAGUAUUUUACCUGUUUGACCAGGAGGAGGCAAUCCCAUUGGAACACAUGAUGGAGGUUCCACUUUAGAGGAGUGAGGAGCGUGAGACAAGGCUAAAGAACUUUGGGAUCAGUUUAUGUCAUUUUUAUUUAUUCGUUUGGAUUUUCCUUUUUAGGGGUUUAGUAUUACACUGUGUGGGUGAGGUUAUCUGCAAGAAAGAAAAGUUCCUAUUGGAAUGGGUGAUUUACUCUUUCUGCAGCAGGGUUCAAAGCCAGGAAGUUUUUAAUUCCGAUUCAUGCAUUUCGGUUCACUGUCUGACUGACUGGCCACAGAGGAGCUGAUGAGUGUUUCAGGCUUCCCUGAAUAGCUUUAUACUGGCUUGAUGGUCUCCUGUCUCAGGCUGGGGUUAUUAAUGAAAUCCCAGCUAGCCAGCUAUUUGUAUCAUGUAGCUCCAUUAUUUGGUCUCAUUUGAGAGAACCCUAAAAGGCUGCUUUUUAGUUAAAGUUACAAGAUUGUAACUGCGUGCUCAUGACAUUUGUGUAAUUUCUGCUCUGCAUGCUACACAUGUUGUACAGAGUAACAGGUUGUUACAUAUGCAUGAAUAUCAGUCUGUUGCACUUAAGCUUUAACAUAGUGGCAAUCAUUCAUAAACCAUUUUAAUGAAAUCAAGUCAGUAUUUCAAUGUGGUGAUGAAACUACAAUACAGUUAAGUAUGAUUUUCUUGACAGGAGUUUUGGAUCAGGUUUGACAGUUUUUUUGUCUGUGUUAAUGAGAUUGAUACAAUGUUUGUAAAUAAAGCAUUUCUAUGCUUAUGGAUUGUUUACCAUGGCAACAAAACCUAUUUUCUUCAUUUCAAUGUGUAAAAUUGUCUGUGUCGGUUGAAGGUUUAAGACUGGAUUUCUGACUGUUUCAGAGAGGGUAUUAAAUGCUGAGAUUCUAUAUGUGACCGUAAAGUAUCUUAAUAUACAAAACUGGAUUCUGUCGUUUGCCUGUUGAUUUUAUUCGGACACAUUUUUAAGCAAAUUCCCUAUUUUUAUAUGUGCGUAUAGUGUUUAAUUGUGUCAGUCUUUUGUCUGCUUCAUGUUGUUUUUCUGAGUGGUUAAGUGUGAAUUGGUCAUCUUAAUAAAUGGCUGCUUUCCUCACAGAA